GUCUGUGAUUGGUGAAGAGCGAUGGGCCAAUUGGAGGAGUUGUUGUUAGGCCGUCCCGGAGAACCGGUCGGGAGGGAGGAAGGUGGCAAGAUGGUGUUGGAAAGCACUAUGGUGUGUGUGGACAACAGUGAGUAUAUGCGGAAUGGAGACUUCUUACCCACCCGGCUGCAGGCCCAGCAGGACGCUGUCAACAUAGUUUGUCAUUCAAAGACCCGCAGCAACCCCGAGAACAACGUGGGCCUUAUCACACUGGCUAAUGACUGUGAAGUGCUGACCACACUCACCCCAGACACUGGCCGUAUCCUGUCCAAGCUGCACACUGUCCAGCCCAAGGGCAAGAUCACCUUCUGCACUGGCAUCCGCGUGGCCCAUCUGGCUCUGAAGCACCGACAAGGCAAGAAUCACAAGAUGCGCAUCAUUGCCUUUGUGGGAAGCCCGGUGGAGGACAAUGAGAAGGAUCUGGUGAAACUGGCUAAACGCCUCAAGAAGGAGAAAGUAAAUGUUGACAUUAUCAAUUUUGGGGAAGAGGAGGUGAACACAGAAAAGCUGACAGCCUUUGUAAACACGUUGAAUGGCAAAGAUGGAACCGGUUCUCAUCUGGUGACAGUGCCUCCUGGGCCCAGCUUGGCUGAUGCUCUCAUCAGUUCUCCAAUUUUGGCUGGCGAAGGUGGUGCCAUGCUGGGUCUUGGUGCCAGUGACUUUGAAUUUGGAGUAGAUCCCAGUGCUGAUCCUGAGCUGGCCUUGGCCCUUCGUGUAUCUAUGGAAGAGCAGCGGCAGCGGCAGGAGGAGGAGGCCCGGCGGGCAGCUGCAGCUUCUGCUGCUGAGGCCGGGAUUGCUACGACUGGGACUGAAGGUGAAAGAGACUCAGAUGAUGCCCUGCUGAAGAUGACCAUCAGCCAGCAAGAGUUUGGCCGCACUGGGCUUCCUGACCUAAGCAGUAUGACUGAGGAAGAGCAGAUUGCUUAUGCCAUGCAGAUGUCCCUGCAGGGAGCAGAGUUUGGCCAGGCGGAAUCAGCAGACAUUGAUGCCAGCUCAGCCAUGGACACAUCUGAGCCAGCCAAGGAGGAGGAUGAUUACGACGUGAUGCAGGACCCCGAGUUCCUUCAGAGUGUCCUAGAGAACCUCCCAGGUGUGGAUCCCAACAAUGAAGCCAUUCGAAAUGCUAUGGGCUCCCUGGCCUCCCAGGCCACCAAGGACAGCAAGAAGGACAAGAAAGAAGAAGACAAGAAGUGAGACUGGAGGGAAAGGGUAGCUGAGCCUGCUCAGGGGACUGCAUGGGAAGCACAGAAUAUAGGGUUAGAUGUGUGUUAUCUGUAACCAUUACAGCCUAAAUAAAGCUUGGCAACUUUUUUUCCUUUCUUGCUUCAAA